UCCUCCGUCGCCGACUCAUUUUUUUAGAGGCAGUCGAAAUAAAAAUAUUAUAUUAUUAAAUACAUUAACACUUUCAUUCACUACAAUAACAAUGACUUAUUUAACAGAAAAUUUUGGAAUUUUUAGAAUGUUUUCAAAAAUAAUGAUUUUAUUUGCACUAUGCUGUAUUUGCCGGCUAGUAAAUUGUAGCAGCAACAACAAUAUUAACAGUGCCCAACACAAUAAUUUUAGAACAAGAAUUACACCUAUAAUUGUUGGAACAGAAAAAGAACUAACAACUUUCUUCAAUUCCUUUCAUCCAAAAAAUACAUUAAUUAAAAGAGCUUUAGAUAUGUUAGAAGGAGAUGAUUUUAUUGGAAUGCAAAGGAAAAGAGCUUUAGAUUUAAUGGAGGGAGAUGGGUUUGGUGGAGGUUUUGAUAGAAAAAGAAGAGCUUUGGAUAUGAUGGAAGGGGAUGAUUUUAUUGGAUUGAAGAAGAGAUCAAAUAUGUUGAGAAAAAGAGCUUUGGAUAUUUUAGAGGGAGAUGAUUUUGUUGGAAUGCAAAAAAGGUAG